GCAAACUGGGGAGGGACAUUUCUGCACACCUCUUGAGUUUCUUCAAAGAGCUGCAGAGAGGCACGGGGGAGGAGGGAGAUCACACAGAAGGGGGGGUAAGAGAGAGGCGAAAUCAUCCCAUCUUUCGCUUGUGAGCGAGGCACUGCUGCUUGAAUCCAUUUUCCUCCGCGCUCAGAUGUAACCGGAUAAAAUGCUGAAGUUCUUCACAGCGCGGGAUGAUGAGAAUGAAAGCCUUUUGGGAGCAAUAACUGAGGAUGAAGGGGACAGUACGUCUCUUCAGGACACCAAGCACCACUGGCUGAACAGACCCUGUCUGCUGGUGCUCAAAGAUGGAGAUGUGUCAAAGCCUGCACUGGACUGUAGAGAAAUCAGACCGCAAUCUCCAUCUAAAGCCACAUCGGAUGCGACGCUCAGGAGCAAAUCUGGACCUUGUGAGCAGAAACCUAUUGAACAUCCCACUGAAUCUGCUUCCCAAGUGGAGAAUGGCAGCUGCACUGUGACUUCCAUCUCCACAUGGGGUGAAAAGGAGUCCCCCAGCCCUCUAGUGUUGGGCCCAGCAGAGGCCGCGUGGGCAGAGGAGGAGGAAGAGAAGAACCAGAAGUCGCCGGUUCUCCCAUCAAAGGAAGACUCUGUGAUUGAGGAGAAGGAGCGGGAGGAAAGUGGGCUGGAGCAGCAGGAUGAGUCCUGCAGUUUGGAGGGACCAUCUCGAGGAGAUCAGACAAACACCAAUAAGGCUGGGGCAGGCCGCGGGGAGGAAGCGAUGGGUGAGUGCGCUGCUUCUCCCGUGGAUCUCGAUGAAAUGUCUGAGACGAGCCCCGUCGGCAUUCUGUCCAAGGAUCGAGUCACUGUCCUCGGUGAGGUGGCCCCCGUGUGGGUCCCCGAUGCCGAAGCGCAGGUCUGCAUGAAGUGUGGUAUCAAGUUUACAUUCACCAAGAGGAGGCACCACUGCCGCGCCUGUGGGAAGGUUUUUUGUGCACUUUGCUCCAGUUUGAAGUUCAAACUUACACACCUGGAUGGGAAGGAGGGACGAGUAUGCAUUUCCUGUCAUUCAGCACUCAUUAAAAGGAUGUCUCCAAAAGGAAAAAGAAGGGUGUGGUUUGCAGACGAAAUCCUCACCAAUAAGCAUUCAGAGUCCGCCCCGACCACACCCGUCAGGGAGCCCGCGUUCUCACCGCUGAUGAGUCGAGUGCUGGGUGGGCCUGUUAAAAGUCCUGUGGGUUCACCCCAGAUCAGGAGAGCUUUGAGGCCACAUGGAACAAUGAUUGGUGAGGCCUGUGGUCCCUACGGCUGGGGAACCACAGCUUUAGUGAGCAGCUCUGCUAACCUCAUUCCCUUGGAUGGCUUGCCACCCAUACUCACCUCCACAGGAGUCAAAGGAGACUACACUGUGGAGGAGCAGCCCUCCGAGAUGCUCCUUAUUCAGGAGUUGGAGAGCGGCAGACCCAAGCCUCUGGUGUUUGUUCUCAAUGCUAACCUGCUCGCUAUGGUGAAGUUGGUCAACUACGUUAACAGGAAGUGCUGGUGUGUGACAACAAAGGGAAUGCACGCUGUAGGGCAGGUGGAGCUGGUGGUGCUGCUGCAGUGCCUACCUGAAGAAAAAAGCUUCCCCAAAGACAUUUUUAGGCACUUCAUUCAGCUGUACAGAGACACUUUCACAGGGAAGGUUGUGAAACACCUGUCACUCUCCCUGUUUGGCAGCAGCUUCUUUGGCAGUCAGGAUCAUGCAGGCUUCCUGUACGUUCGCUCCACUCUCCAGUCCCUUCAAGGUCUACCUCUGCCAAACCAGCCCUACCUCUUUGGCCUGCUGGUCCACAGAGCAGAGGUGGCCUGGGCCAAAGCCUUUCCCCUUCGCCUCAUGCUGCGACUGGGCGCUGAGUACAGAUUUUACCCAUGCCCUCUGUACAGUGUACGCUUUAGGAAGCCCUUGUUUGGGGAUAUAGGCCACACAAUAAUGCGACUGUUAGUGGACUUUAGGAAUUACCGUUACAGCCUACCAGUGGUAUCGGGGCUCACUGUGGACUUAGAAGCUCAUAGGACUUGCAUAAAAAUACCGAACACUGGGUAUAAUGAGCUAAUGAAGGCUGUGAAUAAGUCCAAUGAGCAUGUGCUGGCGAUAGGGGCAUGCUUCAAUGACACUGCAGACUCCCACCUCAUCUGUGUCCAAGCAGACGAUGGCCAGUAUCAGACCCAAGCCAUCAGCAUCCACAAUCAACCACGUAAAGUUACUGGAUCAUGCUUUAUUAUAUUCAGUAGUGCGCUGAAAGCGUCAGCAGGAUACCUGGCCAAAUCCAGCGUUGUAGAAGAUGGGCUAAUGGUGCAGAUCACCGUGGAAACCAUGGCGGAGCUCCGUCGAUCACUACGGGAGAUGAAAGACCACACUGUCACCUGUGGACGGCUGGACCAAUCAGAGAGCCAGGAGCUUGUUUGUGUACAGUGGGUGGAGGAGAAAUGCACUGUGAAUAAGGGCAUCAUCAGCCCCAUCGAUGGGAAAUCAAUGGAGUCUAUCAGCAGUACCAAGAUGUUCCAGAAGUCCGAAUACAAAGAAAAUGGAAAGAUCAUCCGCUGGACAGAAGUGUUUUUCCUGCAGACAGGUGAUAAUCCCAAAGGAGCGGUGACUGACUCUGCUGAACACAACCGGCUCACGGAGAGAAUCGCCCGGGCGUUUUGCUUGGCACUGUGUCCACACCUGAAACUGCUGAAAGAGGACGGGAUGGCCAAACUGGGACUGCGUGUCACUUUUGACUCCCAAGAGGCUGGAUUUGUGGCAGGGAGCAAUGGGCAGCCUCUCCCAGCUCAGUACCUCAAUGCGCUGAAUAGCGUGCUGAUUCCUGUCAUCCACAGCAGGGGGCGCAAGAGGGACGGCAAGCCCAUAGUGAUGGAGCUCAUUUUUUACAUCCUUGAGAACAUCACUUAGAGAACUCAAGACUUUCCACUAAUUCAUCUUCUUAACCCUGACCACUGCUUCAUCUCCAGCACUUCUCACCAGUUUCAGGGCAAUAAAAGCAUUCCAAAGGCAAAGCGGCUCAUAUCCGAGGUCUUCAUCCAUCUCAUCCAAGAGAUCUGACUCUUUGUGGUUUUCUGAUCUCACUUGGCCCAGCCACAAUCAAUCAGGCUACGCAUGAAACCUACGAUGGACCAUUAGAUAAGGGUGCAGCUCUCGCACUGUAGUAGCAAUUUCAUGGCUUGAAAUCAUCAAUGUCACAAUGUCACAUACAUAUUUUACAGUCAAUACCUUUAAAGUGAUAGCUCACAACCUUAAAGCUAAGAGAAUGACUUGAAGUUAUGUAUCAAAUCCAAAUAGCAGCUUCAUGCGCACUGAAUGAAUGCCUGGAGAAUGUUUUAAUAUUUGAUGAAUUUUAACUGACUGCUCAUGAAAUGUAAUGUUAGCUUGGAAUUAAACUUGCAACAGUGACCGAGUUCUUGCCUAUUGCCCAAGGACCCCGAGCGGUGAAAUAUUGCCAUUUUUCAUCAAAAGGAAGGUUAUGCUUUUUACCGUUUACUCAUUCCUGGAGAUUUGACUUUUGCUCCUGUAAGACCUAGAAAC